AUGGGGAAUAAGGCGAGAGCUUUCGUUCUUUCUUCCCCAUUUCAUCUGCUCCUUUUUUCCCUGUUAUAUUCCUUCAUCUCUUUCCCCGUGGCCGUUCGUGGAGACGAAGUUAAUCCCUUGAGAUUGCCUUCUGAACAAGACAACCAAGAAAUCUGCCCCUUGACGCCGCCGCGGUUGGUGACAGAUCAUCAUUAUUCUUGUCCCGUCAAGUGUUUUCGUCCUGACCCUGUUUGUGGGGUCGACGGUAAAACCUACUGGUGUGGUUGUGCGGAUGCAGGUUGUGCGGGCGUGCGUGUGGUGAAACUUGGUUUUUGUGAGGUGGGAAAUGGAGGGUCUGCACCGGUUUCAGGCCAAGUUCUUCUUUUGCUUCACAUUGUUUGGCUUAUAUUGCUUGGCAUUUUUGGAUUGUUUGGGCUUCUUUGA